AUGGACUAUUCAACUGAGAAAGAGGGGACGAAGCGCAGGAAGGUCAUGAGCACCGAGGUCUUCGAGACGCCCGAGCCAGAGGAGGCCUUCCAGCCCUACGCCCCAGCGAACGCGUCGGCCCGUCAGGCCCGCGCAGGCGUCGGCGCCGGUCCUGAAGCUGAGGGCCACUUCCACGACAAGAGCUCCAUGGAGCUGGAUGAACAGGAGCUGCCGGCCACGCAGGCCUUCGAAGUGUUCAUGGGCAAAGUUUACAAGCCCGCUCUACCCAAGCAAACGGAGUACGAGUCCUCAGCGAGCACAGGUAGCAGCAAAGCGACGCUGGAGUCCCCACUGGCUCGUUUCACGCGGCUGUCACUGGAACUGAAGGAAUUGGAGGCGGAUCUAACGCUGUUGGCAGCUGAUGCAGAGCACAAGAAGCACAAAGUGAUGGUGGAUGCUGGUCAGGAGGCCGAAUUCAACGAGGUCAUGCAGGGUCUCAACACUUUGCAGCUCAAUCUGUCUGCUCUGGAGAAGAACGCUGCCUUCCAGCCGUUCCUACGCUCGGGCAGCAACUCUGUAGCAGCUUCUAGUGCUGAUGCAGCUCUGAGUCUGCAGAAGGAUCUGACAGCCAAAUUCUUCCAGCAGAUCGACGCUCUCAAGCGACAACAACAGGGUCAAACGACGACACCUUCAUCAUCAGAUGGUGCGCCGAUUGUGUACGAGAUCUACAGCAAUGGGGAGCUAAAUGCUGUCGAUCGGGACGCUAAGACGCGAGUGGCGACGCUUGAGGCGCGAAUUUCGACGUUGGAGAGAGCAAUUGGAAGCUUCCAGGGCCAGGAGCUGCGGCUGGACGGUGUCAGUUCACUCAGCGGUGCGUCCAGCGCAGACCUGACGUCGGCUGUGGCGCAGCUGGAACAGCGUGUCGCGUUGAUGAGCGAGAAGAAUCUAGACGCUGUUAAAACGCGUACGACGGCGCUUGUUCACGAAUUUACGCUGCUCAGCAAGCUCAAACAAUCGCCAAGUGUGCAGGGCGCAUUGAACUCGCAGGCUGACCGUGAGCAGAUCCAGAAAAUUUACGACCAGCUCAGCAGCCUUGACGCUGUUACAGCCUCUGUGCCAACUAUCGUGGACCGCCUCGUCACGCUGAAAUCGGUGCAUGACGAGGCUCUAAAUGUUACAGCGCGGGUGGAUAGGAUGGAGCAAACGCAAGCCUCGUUGAGCGAGCUGCUCCAUUCUGACGCUGCGUUACUUGCCAAUAUGGAGGCAAGCUUGGCUGAAAAUGUGCAGAUAUUCCAGUCUAACAUCCAGCAACUCGACGACCGCAUGGCCAAGCUGCUCGCCACGUCCGGUGGGCGCUAG